AUGUGUCUAGGUCACCAGAAGAAGCAGGAGUAUUUGGAGCUUGAAAGUGAUAUUACAGAAAAUCAGGAGGAUAUACUGAAUGCCAGCGACAAACUAACAGAGGUCCUUGAAGAGGUCCACACUCUGUUUAAUGGAGUGUCCCGAGUAAGAGAAGCAGUUCUAGAUGCUCAGUUUCUUGUUUUGGCUUCAGAUUUGGGAAAAGAGAAAGCAAAGCAGCUGCGCUCCAAUCUCAACCCCUUUGCUACGGUAAGAUAAGUUGAAACUCUCAUGGGUGUAAAUCCGCCAGAAGCUGAAGAACUCGUCCGUGAUGAAGACAGUUCUGAUUUUGAAUUCAUAGUCUAUGACUCCUGGAAAAUAUCAGGCAAAACAGCAGAAAACACCUUUAAUGAAACCGAUACAUUCCACUUUCCGAUGGGUUCUAGACAAGGAGAGGUAACUGUGCCAAAGCCAUGCAUCGAUGGUCCAAACAAAGUUCGCGCGAUAGAAAAGCAGAGGGCAAUGCCUGCCCAGUUAAAAAGAAUGGAGGAAUCUCAUCAAGAAGCAACAGAAAAACAAGUAGAAAGAAUCUUGGGAUUGUUGCAAACCUAUUUUCGAGAAGAUUCUGAUACGGUUUCCUUCAUUAUAAGGGAUGGUAUUACAAGAAUAAGACUUGACCAAGAUUGGCUGCCAAUAAUAGACCCUGUAGAUAUUAAGGAAGAAAGUGAGAGGAUUGACCGCAACACCCAGAUUAGGAAUCAAGGAAUCAUAGCUUUGAGUUACCAGGACUGGGAGGAGACUGUGAAGACCUUUGUGAUUUCAGAGCCUGUGAUUGCCAGGGGUCAGAGCAGCAAAGACUAA